CAAAUGCUUGUGGCCGAAAUGGAGCGCCAUUUUAUUAACCUUUUAGGCGGGGAGACGUAUUUCUCGAUAAAUAUGUGCUCAAAUGUGCUAAAUAAAAGCGUUCCCGUCGAUAUUAUAAACCGUUAAUUCCAUCUGAUCCUAAAUCUCGUAGAGUAGAAUCGGCAUGGAAGAUGGUUUGAAUGGCAUUUCAUCCGAGAGCGAGGCCCCGAAUCAUGUGAACAAUGGCGUAGCCUCYCCGAUAAUGGCAAAUUUCUCGGAACCAGAGGAGGYUGUUUCGAAGGAAGACACCGUCAGUAAAAUAAACGGAGACAGUGAGCAGAUUUCUAACCCGGAAGAGUACAGUUCGGAGAGCGACGCUUUGGUGAUUGACGACGGCGCCCCCGCUAAGAAAAAAACACCUUCGCCGGAAUCAGAAGUUAUCCCCCAUUUYAACCCCUACUUUAACGAGUCGAUUUUCGAGCUGUCUCAGCAGCACCAAAACGACAACUCGCUCAAAACCACCGCCCCACAAGUUAGUCUGCAUAAACACAAGCGGCUGAAAGCGAAAAACAGCCCGAAAUUGCGGGAGUACGCCCAGUACCUAGGACUACAACCUACAGUGCAGUUUAAGUGUUCACGAUGUGGACGAGCUGGUUUCGAGUCGCUAACGACAUUAAACGACCAUAUCAUCCAGUGUACCGACGAGCCCAGUGCGGAGCCCCAAGCCCCGGAAAAUUCCUCUUCUAGUUUCAAAUUGCGACGAAAAGUGUUCCUGUGUUCCGCGUGCGGGACGUACUACGAGAACUGGAACUUGUAUUUGCACAUGUUGGAAGUGCACAGACGCUAUUUGUGUUUAUAUUGUUUGGGUAUGUUUUCAGUAUUAGACGAUUUGUGUUUACACAUCCAAUCGCGACACAACCUCGAGCCCGGCCGUAAAGACACCCUAGACGAUUUUUUUAGUGCAUAUUCAGACCCCUGCUACAUCGUGUGCUGUGAAUGCAACAAGCUCUUUAACGAGCAAGACAAUUUUUUCUACCACAAUUGCGCUAAGAAAAACCAAAAAACGAAUAAAUCACAAAAACCUAAACAGCAGAUUCGGCCCGAAGAUCACGUCACCGGCGAAUCCCUCAUUAACGGCAAUUGUUCGCAAUCUGACCCCGAAAAACAAAAGAAUCACGCUUCCCCGGAAACACAGACUGACAAGCAAAUUGAUGACACCGUCAUCGAAAAACAACAGGAAGAAAUCGUUUACUCCACCGACGACGAGCUGGAUUUCAAAGGAUUCACCGAGGCUGGAGAACCUGUCUACAAGAACGACAAACUGACCCCCGAAAACCCCGAACCAGAGGACCCCCCGGACGAAGCCAUGGAGGUCGAAGAAGAGCCAAUCGAGACGCGAAAAGUUCCUAAACUGUCUCUCAAGCUCAAACCUGGAUCUUUUCCCCAAAUAGAGCAACACGAACCGGAAAAUCACGAGCCCGAAAUUGAGCAGAUAGAAAGCGAGGAGGUCCCCUAUGUGGAGGAGGAACCCCCGAGCGACCCCAAAGAAGAAGAGGAACCGGAAAUGAAAAUCGCCGGUUAUGAUAUUAAUAUAAUCGAACUUGAACUCGAACAGCCUUUGGACAAGUUCGAUAUUCGUGUUUUGUUGCAGAAAUGUCUCAAAGCCACUGCCCCCYUCUGUAUUUACUGCAACCAUGCACGCAAAAUCGCUGUCAACGGCAAAGAACUCGGAUUACACGCAAUUGGAGAGCACCGUUUUUCGGCAGUUGUAAGUUCCAUCACUGCUGAGGAGCUCAUUCCAGAGAGUUUCGUUUCCCGUAUUAAGGAGAGUCUACCCGAGUUGGAAAAUGUGUUUUUCAGUCUUGAAUCUAGUCCCUCAGAUGAAGGUGUCACCUUUUCGCACGUCUUCGAGUGUUUCCAGUGCAGAUACUCAACAACAGUUCACAAAGAACUCUAUUUACACAACCGAAAGUCACACGCAAAAAAUCUCCUCUUGUGUAUCAUGUGCAAGUCAAAUUUUUACAGUUAUAGCGAAUUGAUUUGUCACUUAUGUCCCGGAGUUUACAUUCUUGAUUAUGAUGUCGGUUUUCGGUGUUGUAUGUGUGUUGGAGAUGACCUUCCGUCGGCUUUUCGCCUGAUGGUACAUCUCCGGAAACGACACCACGUUUGCGAUGUGUGUCUUGAAAUGUGCCAUAGUCAGUAUAGACUGUCAAAUCACGUCUGGAAACAUAAGUUACACCACUUUUGCUACCGCUGUGGUAUAGCUUAUAGGAACAAACCGGACAUCACGAGGCACUUGUUUUGGAAACAUGGCACCGAGAGUGUACUUUGUAAAAAAUGCCUACAGAAGAAGUGGCCCCAUGUUUACCAUUUCUGUGUACCACCGACUAGUUUUGUUUGCGAGGAGUGUAACCUAACAUUCACACGAGCUGUUUCUUUGAAAGUGCAUAAAAGAAUACAUACGGAUGAGAAACCACACGCUUGCACCAUCGAAGAUUGCCAGGAAAGGUUCAUUUCGAAGAAAUUGCUUGCGAAACACGAGUUGAAACACAAGGAGCCGCCUGAAGAGCCCAARAUUGAGGAGCAAGAGGAAAGUAAAGCAAACAGCGAAAAUAAGGAAGAAACUGAAGAAAAUAAAGAGGAAAAGGUUGAAGAGAAGGAGAAAAUCAAGCCGAAAGUUGACGUUUAUGAUUUACCUGAACUGAACCUUUCUGAAAGUGACAGUAGCGAAUCGGAGGACGAGACUGAAAAAACGAAGAAGGAAAGUGAAGAAAUUAAAGAAGUGAUCGAGGAAAACCAGAUUGAAAAUGAAAUUUUUGAACCAGUGUCAGAAGUGACUGAAGAUCCAGUCCUGGAAAACAAUGAAGUCGUCCUUGAGAAUAUUUGGGAUGAUUUUAAAAACUAUCAAGCAAAUAAAGAAAAAUUCGACCAUAUGUUUAUCGAUAAUGAGAAGAACGAGCAAAGUCAGAUCGAGCCCGAACCGGUCCUGGAAAAUGAACCUCUGACUCUUGAAAUGGCUCUACGAGACCACGACUACUGCAUCGAUCCUGAUAACAAACCCGAUAUUAGUUUUACCGAAGUCAAACCGGAUUUGUCGCAGAGCGUAGACCAUGAUUAUUGCACCGCCAAGAAUGAUUCAGCCAAACCUGAAACGACCGAGGUUAAAACAGUUGCAGAAAGCAAACCUGAGAAGAAAGUCAAUAGUUCAUCGAGCGAUUCGAGUAGUGAUAGCGACUCGUCGAGUUGUUCCUGUGGACCGAAUUGUUCGUGUAGUUCAAGUUCGGGUAGUUCCAGUUCGAGUUCCGAAAGUUCCGAUUCGGAUUCKUCAACGGAAGAGGGCCGCAAACGACAACAAUUGCGACGUGAUCGCAGACGGCAGCGAAAGACUAAAGGAAAAAACAAUGAAACUAAAGUAGAUAUUGUUGUCGAUAAUACAGUUCCCAUGGCCGACAUGCCGAUACUUGAGUCAGAUUUGGAAACUACGGAAAGUGAAACGGAUGAAGAGUUCUACGACAAGCAGCCACACUUAAUCGCUAAGAAGAUUCUGGAAGAGAAACGUAACCAAAUUUUGGCUGGUAUCGAACAAGCUCCUAAUGGUUCUUUACUCGAGAAUAGUCGAGCAGCGACACCGAAUCUACCCGAGGAAGAACAAGUCAAGAAGAAGAAGUCCAAAUCGAAGAAAAAGAAGAAGAAAAAGAGUGAACGUAAAGAAAUGGAAGCGAAGGAGUAUAACACGUCUAACAUUCCAGGAUAUUACCAGUACUACCAGCCCCCGACAGUGGCACCAAUCACUCUGACCMUAUCGAGGAAUUCACCGGUACCCUCCCCUAGCGCAAAACUCCCCUCAACUAAUGUUUUCCCCAAAAACGAGGCCGAGUUGCCGCGAGAAGAAAACGAUACUAGUUUAAGAGCCUCGAAGCGAAGACGAGUUCCUAACAAAUUUUACGGUUAUUCUAGCGAUGAAGAGGAGGAGAAAGCGGCUCCAAAGUGGCGCAAGACUGAGGUUAUGCCGGUGCAGCAACCACUGACAGUUCCCCCGAUUACGAUAAAAACAGGACCGCCGCCAGUACAGCCGUUCCGGGGGUACCAAAACAAAGACACUCCUCGUAAAAUGCCCACGAUUAAAUUGAAACAGAAGGUGGAGGAUGGAGAAAGCGAAGUCGAAUCGAAUGACUCGAGUAACGAGGGUCGGAAUAUGCUGCAGGUGAACCCCGACGCGCUUUACUGCUAUUGCAAAUGUCCCUAUGAUGAGGUUUCGGAGAUGAUAGGGUGCGAUGCGAGGGAUUGUAGCAUCGAAUGGUUCCAUUUCGAGUGUGUCGGGAUCAUGGUGCCACCGAAGGGACAUUGGUACUGCCCCGAGUGUAGGAAAAAAAGACAACAGAAACGCGAAGCGCUCAAAUUGAAAGCGAAAACUUCGUGAGGUGGAGUUUUCGUAUUUACUAAUUAGAAGCUUGUGUUUUGAUAUUAUUUAAAAGUACGCUUAUGAGUUGUUAAUUUUUGUAAAGUUUUACCAUCAAGUAAUUUAUUUUUCAUGCAAUUAUGUGGCGAUUUUUGCAAUAAAAAGUUCACGGUGAUUAGAUUUUUAUUGUGUACACAGCUUUUAACUGGUAAAUUUUUUAGGUACUAAAGAUUGUAAAUAAUUGUUCUGUACCUGUACAUAGUUACUUUGUGAUUGAAGGAAAUCAUUUAAAUGUAUUUUGUAGAAUUAUCUUUUUUUAAUAUUAAGUAGUUUUAUUUUUUCUUGUCGUGUUUAAUAUCUAGACUUUUGCCAAAUUAGAUAUGUAAAUCUGUAAAUAUUUUUAUUAAUAUCGGCUCUCUUUAUAGAGAACUUUUCCACUGUAUGGAAAAUAUGUUAUUCUAAGAUCUGACUCGAUUUCAAAGUUAAAUUUGAUGUUUGUAACUUUCUGAUAGACAAAUAAACAUCGGGAAGUAACCGAU